GUGUCAAGCUGGCUAUUACGACAUCCAGCUUGCCAGAGUAUACGCUGCACUUCCUUGAAAAACAAUUAUAGCAAGGAAGAGGCAGUGCCCACUUGGCUGGCGAUCACAUGCAACGCUCACAGUCAGCGGUGGAUUUUUCCAACCUGCUGAAUCCUGAGUCUACCACCACAACCAACGACAGUAACUCGACUGGACAUAAAGUGAAUCCGGACGGAGACGUUGAUAUGGCUACCGUUACUGUUAUACGACCGAACGGCCCUCUGCCCGGUGGUCAACCCGCCGAAAACACAAACGAAUUGCCACGACCGUAUAAGUGUCCUUUAUGUGAUAAGGCUUUCCACCGACUGGAACACCAAACCAGACAUAUCAGGACACAUACUGGUGAGAAGCCGCAUGCAUGCCAAUACCCUGGAUGCAGCAAGAAGUUCUCCCGCUCGGACGAACUCACCCGUCACUCGAGGAUACAUAACAAUCCUAACUCGAGAAGAGGAAACAAGUCGGGACAAGCUGCGCAUCAUGGAUUAGGUCACGCAUUAACGCCAGACUCCAUGAUGCCUCCCCCCUCCAACCCAAGAUCUAUCAAAUCGGCUCCUAACUCUACGCUUGUUUCCCCAAACGUCUCGCCGCCUCACUCUUACUCCACAUACACCAUUCCGCAUCCGGGGCCUCUUCAUCACUACAACCGACAUAUGAGUGGCAACGGCCUGCAUCAUGGCCAUAGCAUGGACAUCGGCAUAUUAGCUAAUGCCACAAACCAGAUCGAGCGCGAACAUAUGAGUGUUCAUCACCACUCGGCAAGAUCUCACCCCUAUUACUCUAAUAGUCUCCACAGUUCGCGUGGCCAUCUGCCUUCGCUCUCUGCCUACCAUAUGUCGAGGUCUCAGUCGCACGAUGACCACGACGACCAUUACCACGCUCUUCGGCAUGCUAAGCGGUCGAGACCAAACUCGCCGAACUCUACCGCACCAUCAUCGCCAACUUUCUCCCAUGAUUCUCUCUCCCCUACCCCGGACCACACGCCACUAGCAACCCCGGCUCAUUCGCCGCGCCUUCGGCCGUACGCUGGUAUUGAGCUACCAACGCUACGUAAUUUGACCUUGGGGCAUACGCCGGCGCUAGCACCGAUGGAACCUCACCUCGAAGGAUCCACUUACCCACCUACCUCGCAACCGACUAGCAUAGGUCCUCGGCCCAGCGGCUUGUCCCUAACGGAUAUCAUCAGCCGGCCCGAUAGCAGUAGAAAGCUUCCUGUUCCUCAGGUACCAAAAGUCGCAGUUCACGAUCUCCUAUCCAACGAUGGAUAUAAUACUAGCGGCCGAAGUUCAGCAAGCGGUAGUUUGGCAGGUGGCGACCUGAUAGAUCGGAUGUAGGCCUGUCAAUUCAAAACACUGUUACUAUCAUUGCGGCAUGAAUCACGACUUAAUUAUAGAGGUUAACAUAGACAAGAGGUGGCGUUCCAGUGGCGACAUGUUUUUUAUUUGGAGAA